ACAACGCUCACCGAAAACUGCAAGAUGGCUCUGCGAUUCACGCUCACUCUGCUCCUGGUCACGAUCCUGGUUUCGGCCAUCCUUCUGGGCUCCAGUGAGGCUGCUUACAGGAAGCCUCCCUUCAACGGCAGCAUCUUCGGCAAGCGCAACAGCAUGGACUACGACAGCGCCAAGAUGAGCGCCGUUUGCGAGGUGGCCAUGGAGGCGUGUCCCAUGUGGUUUCCCCAGAACGACAGCAAAUAGGACCACGCCCUGGAACUCAGCCUACGCCUCCGCCUCCAAGAACUGAUCUCGAGCCUACGACUAACGCACCAGCAGACCAGACAGGUGGGCAGAUGCUGCGCC